AUGACGAACAACACCUGGGCGGCCGACGGCGACUUCGUGUCCGGCUUCCCGCGCCCGCAGGUGCCCACGAUGUGGAGCCCCGACAUGGAGCGCGACAGCUGCGGCGUGGCGCUGCUGGCCCACGUCGGUGGUCAGGCCUCGCACGCGAUCGUCAGCGACGCCCUGCUGGCCCUGAGCCGCAUGGCCCACCGCGGGGCCAAGGGCUGCGACAACGCCGAAGACGGCGUGGGCAUCAUGCUCGCGCUGCCCCACGAAUUCCUUCGCGCCUGUUGCGAUGAAAAAGAAGAUGGUGAAGUGGAGUGGGCUGAGGGGUCGCGGCAGCGGCUGCCCGAGCCGGGCGGCUACGCGGUGGGCAUGAUGUUCCUGGCACGGAAGGACGACGAGCGACGCCAAGCCCAGCGAUUGGUGGAGCGGGCGAUCGCCGCCCAGGAGGAGCUCCGGCUGCUCGGGUGGCGUCGGGUGCCAGUCGACGCCGCGAAGGCGCUGGGCCAGGGGCCUGCCAAGCACAACGCGCCCAGCCUCUACGACGUCUACCGUCGCCGUUGA